GCAGCAGGGGAUCGGUUGAUUCUUUACAUAAAAUUUCAAUGUGUUCUGGAAAUGGUUUGCAAAGAGGACGUGGUAUCAUGGUUUAAAGAAUUAGAAAGCUAUAAACGAAUAGAUGCGAUGUGUACAUUAUUAAAUAUGUGCCUGCCGUUUGAACUGCGUUUCAUUGGCACGUACCUCGAGGAGCUCGGUAAGCGGGACUUUCAGGAGUUGCGUGGUGCCGAACUCAGAGCGAACAACCCCACAGACUUGGCGGCAGACAUUGGAGGCGCGAACACAGACCCCAGGACUCGACGGAAAAUGGCCCUUUACGUGUCGUUGCUGAGGUCGUGCAAUUUCGCGUGUGCUACUACAUUGUACAACGCUAUGGUCAGUUUAGAGCAGAGUGGACUGUUAAAAGGCUUGUACGGGGACCUGUUGGAGGAAAUCUUGUUGUUGUACACAAUGGCUCUUCACCAUCCAGCUUUCACAUUUGACCAGAAGACACAUUUUCGGGAAAUAUUGGAAAAAUUGAAUGUGGAGGACCAGAGAUUACAGUACCAGGAGCAGCAAGAACACAUAAAUGUUACACCAGUGAGUGGUUGCCAUACACAAGCCAAUGUCACCCCUAAUAUGUCAGUUCCACCGCCUAACAUGUCUAAUAUGGGCCCACCACCUGGUUUGAUAUUUGUUAAGCCUGGGGUGCAGCCCCAAAGCACAGACCCAGUACCAGAACUCGGCUCACCACCAGUGCUGAGCGGGGCAGGAGGAGUGGUUUCUAUGCUGGGAGAGGUGACGCACCCCCCUCCCGGCUUGCCUCUGCCCCCCUACAGCAUACCUGAGUUCAUAGGGCAGCACCCUUGGCCUGCAAAUAUCAUCAUUUCACCCAUUAAUCAACCAAUAGAGGUAAUAAACUACCCGAUGGCUGGCGCCGCGCCGACGUCGCCGCUGGUGUCAUCACCGGGCGACAGUCGCGCCGCGUCGCCGCGCGCCCGCCGUCGCCCGUCGCGUGACCGCAGCCCGCCGCCGCCCGCGCCCCCCGCGCCUCCCGCGCUGCCCGGGCCGCCCCUGGAACCGCCGCAGCCCGCGCUCGCGCACCUCGCGGCCACCUUCGACAAUCUCACCGUGGGCGAGAUGCGACAUAGCAUCGGCGACGAAAGGUUGCGCGAACUAGCGGUGCAGCAUCAGUAUCGGUCCCUCGAGAAACUGAACGGCGUCCGGAGACGAGCGGGCGCGUUCUGCCCGCCGCCGCUCUCGUCGUCGGACAGCGGGUCCAGCGCGCCUCCGUCCCCACCCGGCACGCCGGCGCCCCCCCCUCGCCGCGCGACGCCCUCUGCGCCGCCGCCCGGGCCCUUCCUUCCGUACCCCCGGCCGUUCGCCUACCCCACGCCGCCGCCGGCAUUCCGAGCGCCGCCGCCGCCUUUCGCCAACGGGGAACCCCCGCACUAUCCCACGCCGCCACAAUACGGCGGCUUCAUGCCGGUGGUGUACGCGCCGCCGAAACUGUCCUGCUGGAACUGCGGCGCGGCGGGCCACGCCGGUCACGAAUGCAAAGAGCCCAGUAUGGAGGAGAUGACGCGUGCCGGCGGCUAUCAAUUGGAUUUCGGUGGCGCGCCGCCCGAGCCUGCCGACAAGUAGGGCUCGGCCAAAGCCGUCUCGGCACCAGUGGCUCGACCCGGCUUCCGCCUCGAUCGGUAGCGCGCGUCACCACCUGCCGGGGCGAGGCCCAGCUUGUACAGUUGACGACGUCCGAUCGACGUGCGAUCUGUCCAUUAGUACCAAAGUGUCAGGUUUAAAUUGCGUAUAUACCGACCUGAACCAAUCCGUUCGCGUGCCAUGGGUAUACCCGCCGUGGCGCGUGGCGAGUAUGAAUUUCACGGACGUUUUGAUCGUAGAUCGAAAUAUAUGACCUAUGACGUUAUUCUUAUGUGCGCUUAGUGGACUAACUUAUUAGAGCGGUGACUUUUGAUUUGUAAUGUUUAAGAGUAAUUGCACUUUCAAUUUAUUUACUCGACAUUUUAUUGUUAUAUACAUAUCACACAUUCCAGAGCACUAGGUAUGAUCGAUGUGUGUGAUAUUAUCUAGAACAUCUUGUCAAUGUUCAAGUACAAUCAAUAUAUUAUGCAUAUUUGAAAUUGUUAUGUCGAAAACAAUGUGGAAGAGGAAGCUGAACUAGUUAAAAUUUGUAAAUAGAUUGUGAUUUAAUGAUCAACAAUAUAAUUUAGAUCCAACACAUUUGACUAAUAAAAUUUAUGAAAAAUU